AUGUCGUUCAUUUCUGAUAUCAAUAACACUGGAUUGCUGUGUCAACAUGCGGCAUGGAAUGCUGUAGUUGUGCAUGAUCCAGUAAAUGCAUCGUCGAAGUGUGGGUUCCUUUAUUCUGUUGCAUUGCUUUCUGGUUUUAUAGGCCAUAAGCAAAGAGCACCCACUGAUAGCAGAAAAAUCAGAAAGCUUUUAAUGACACAAAGGAUAGAGAACCAGAAUGAGCUGUUAGCUUGUGGUUUCAUACACGUUUUCAAUGGACAACAAAUUAGCUACAAGAAGCAAAGGACGACAAAUCAUCAGAGUUAUGAACCCAGUUGUCGUAGAUUGGAGAUUGUUGGCAUUGCAUGGGACUGUAAUCAUAGCACUUCUAAGGCGGGCAAUCGUCGAAUUGUCUUGAUCGGAAUUUAUGUUCAUGACUCUUCAGAAAAGACAAAAGCCGAUAGUACCGUGCUUAGCGCUGCGGCAGAUUUUAGGAUUGUUCAGUCAUUUACGCAUGUUUUCCGAAGUUUUGAAUUUUUUGCAUGGAGUGGACGAAGCGUCUUUAUGCUCUGGCUCUCGAUCGUUGCGAUCAUUUCUCUUUCUGUAACAGACACUCAUGUGUAA